AUGGCAUCGAAGGUCUUAUUCCUUGGAUAUGUGGUCUCCGGCGAUGGAUUGAAGGUAGAUGAGUCCAGGAUCGAAGUGGUGAAGCAAUGGCUACAACCGAAGACAAUUACUGAAGUUCGCAGCUUCCAUGGACUUACUUCCUUCUAUAGGCUUUUCAUCCCUCACUUCAGCACAAUUAUGGCGCCUAUAACAGAUUGUAUGAAGGGUGGAAAGUUUGCGUGGACGGAAGAAGCGGAGAUGUCGUUCCAGCUUAUAAAAAUGCGACUUACGACCCCCCCAAUAUUAGUCUUGCCUGAUUUUGCCCAACCCUUUGAGUUACAUAGUGAUGCUUCUAAAGUGAGCAUUGGAGCAGUUUUAAGCCAAAACAAUAGGCAUGUCGCAUAUCUUAGUAAGAAGCUGUUCGGGGCUAAGUUGAAGUACAACACCUAUGAUGUGGAGAUUUACGCAGUGCACAAGUCGGGGGUGACAAAUCGGUUGGCUGAUGCAUUGAGCCGCAGGACCAAUUUCUUGGUCAGCCUGCGUAUAGAGAUUGCAGCCUCCGUUUGA